AUGUCCUACUACGCAUCCGGCGCGGACGACGAGCUAACAAAACGCGAGAACGGGACCGCUUUCUCUCGUUUCUUCUUCCAUCCGCGUGUGAUGAGGCCCAUUUCGAAAGUAGACCCUUCGACGACGAUCCUUGGUAUCCAGUCAUCGCUCCCUAUCUUCGUCAGCGCUGCAGGAUUGGCAAAACUGGGGCACCCACUCGGCGAAGCCAACAUAACCCGAGGCGCGGGCCGUACCGGCAUCAUUCAGAUGGUCUCCUCCGCAUCCUCGCUUUCCGUGACGCAGAUCGCAGAGGCCCGUGUCUCGCCCUCGCAACCGCUCUUCUUCCAGCUCUACAAGCACAAGGACAACAAGAUUGCCGAGGGGCGCCGCGACGUCCGCGCGCCGUUCGAGCUGGAGGACCAGGACGCGAGGCGGAGCCGGAUAGCACGGAAGGCGGCGCAGGACAUGCCCCAAGUUGAGGAAGACGCCGAGGACAAGUCGGUGAACAUGGACGGUACGAUCGGGAACUCGCUGCACAGUAUGGACACGGACAUGACUUUCAAGGAGACGGUCCCAUGGCUCCGAAGUGUAACCAAACUGCCCAUCGUCAUCAAGGGCGUACAAUGCGUCGCAGACGCCGUUCUGGCAGCGGAAGCGGGCGUCGAUGGUAUCCUGUUGUCCAAUCACGGAGGUCGACAGUUGGACUACUCCCUUCCCCCAUUGGAGGUUCUGUAUAGAAUUCGGAAACAGCGCCCCGACGUGUUCGACAAGCUAGAAGGCAAUCUACAUCGACGGUGGAAUGUCCUGAAAGCACUAUGCCUCGGCGCAACCGCCGUCGGCCUCGGACGCGUGUUCAUGUACGCAAAUAGCGCUUACGGAGAAGCGGGCGUCGUGCAAGCUGUGCGGAUCAUGCAGCGCGAGAUCACUCUGGGUAUGCGCCUCUUGGGCGUUACGAGUGUGAAGGAGAUGGUACCGGAGAUGGUGGAGCGCGUAGACUGGCAGCCCACGCUUGCCAGGCUAUGA